CAUAAAACUACAUUGGAAUAUUUAAUAGUUUAAAUAAACAAGUGACUACAAUUUAAUAGUUAUACCAGUUUUCAUUUUCUAGAUCAAUUAGCCAAAUGAGCCAUCAAGAUGUCGUUACAUUUUGUGUUUUCAGACACCAGCGUGUGUACAGGAUGUUGUGCAACAUUGGAUCACAUAGUAACAUAUCUAUUUAAGCAAUUAGUACAGAAAUCUAGCAACAAGGCAUCGAAUCCGCGCCAACCGCCGCCAACGACGAGCAACAUGUUCAUAGAAGUGUUACAGAGACGACCGGAAAUUAUGCAACAACUAUUAGCUACCGUGUUGAACGUGAUAAUGUUCGAGGACUGUUGCAACCAAUGGUCGAUGUCGCGACCACUCCUCGGGCUGAUCCUCCUGAACGAGGAGCAGUUCUCCCGCAUCAGGGCGGAGAUGAUCGCGCAGCAGCCGCGCGACAAGCAGCCGCAGCUCGCGCAGUGGUUCACCGGACUGAUGGCCGGCAUCGAGCCUAACCUCCUCACCAAGAACAGGGACAGGUUCACGCAAAACUUGUCUAUAUUCAGAAGAGAUAUAAACGAUCUACUGAAGGGCACGACCGUCAACACCGCCUCAGUCAACGACAUGAUGACGUCGUAAUGCGACCACAAACACCCACACGCAAAUGGACACAAAUAUAAAUUAAGCCAAAUCUAAUUCACAACAAAAACGUCGGUGGUUACUUUUUGACUCACGUUAAAUAAUUUUCUUAUUAAGUUUCUUUAGAAGAAACGAAACUUCAUGUCAACUUACAGUAUAUAAAAAUUCGAUUUUUAUUUAAAAAGGAUGAGCGUGUUGCCAUCUCUUGUCUUGUGCAGAUCUGGGGUUCUAUUCUGGAAUCGUUCGUUUCCCGACGAUCGUUCGCUUCGAAAGCGAGUAACUUUCAAUUUGUCUUCACGCUAGAUACGACUGAGCUAAGCGAGUGCGUUUCCUUGAUAUUCAUAUCUUUUCAUUC